GUGGGUAGCAGCUGGGAAAACCGGCUGGGUGCUGCCCCUCCCCUUGGGCCGGGCACGGAGUAGGCACCUGGCGGGCUCCCCAGGUGGCAGACGCUGUCGCUGCGCACACCUGGCCUCCGUGCCGCCUGCUCCCUGCUCGUCCUCCCCUCCCCACCCUCACCCACCUGCCAUGGACGGGCCCGCUGAGCCCCAGAUCCCGGGCUUGUGGGACACCUAUGAACCUGACAUCUCGGAAAUCAGCCAGAAGUUGCCAGGUGAAUACUUCCGGUACAAGGGCGUCCCCUUCCCCGUCGGCCUGUACUCGCCCGAGAGCAUCAGCUUGGCGGAGAACACCCAAGAUGUGCGGGACGACGACAUCUUUAUCAUCACCUACCCCAAGUCAGGCACGACCUGGAUGAUCGAGAUCAUCUGCUUAAUCCUGAAGGACGGGGAUCCGUCCUGGAUCCGCUCCGUGCCCAUCUGGGAGCGGGCACCCUGGUGUGAGACCAUCGUGGGUGCCUUCAGCCUCCCGGACCAGUACAGCCCUCGCCUCAUGAGCUCCCAUCUUCCCAUCCAGAUCUUCACCAAGGCCUUCUUCAGCUCCAAGGCCAAGGUGAUCUACAUGGGCCGCAACCCCCGGGACGUCGUGGUCUCCCUCUAUCAUUACUCCAAGAUUGCCGGGCAGUUAAAGGAUCCGGGCACGCCCGACCAGUUCCUGAGGGACUUCCUCAAAGGCGAAGACGUGCAGACCCCAGGUUCCAUGCUCCUUCCUUGGCCGAGUGCCCUCCCUCUGCUGACCCGUCUCCCCUGCCUGCAGGACUUACAGGGCUCCGUGCAGCGCAUCUGCGGGUUCCUGGGCCGUCCGCUGGGCAAGGAGGCACUGGGCUCCGUUGUGGCACACUCGACCUUCGGCGCCAUGAAGGCCAACACCAUGUCCAACUACACAUUGCUGCCUCCCAGCCUACUGGACCACCGUCGCGGGGCCUUCCUCCGGAAAGGGGUCUGCGGCGACUGGAAGAACCACUUCACGGUGGCCCAGAGCGAAGCCUUCGAUCGUGUCUACCGCAAGCAGAUGCGGGGGAUGCCGACCUUCCCCUGGGAUGAAGACCCGGAGGAGGACGCCAGCCCGGACCCUGAGCCCAGCCCCAAUCCUAAGCCCAAGCCCAGUCUUGAGCUCAACAGCCUGGAGCCUGAAACUAGACCCAACUCCAGCCCCAGCCCCAACCCUGGCCAGGCCUCUGAGCCCCCGCACCCACGACCCUGAGAAUAAACACGUCGCUUC